AUGCCCUGGCAGUUGGACGGCAAGGACUUUAUCAGAGUUUGGACCGACUACUACGCCGCCGUGGAGCAGCUGGUGUCCCACUUGAUGAGCCUCUUUGCCGUGGCCAUGAAUUUGCCGGUCACAGCUUUUGAUGCCGCCCUGGACAAGCAUGGCUCCUCAAUGCGGGCGAUUUUGUAUCCCAAGCUGACACAGGCAGACUUUGAGUCCGGCCAUGUGGUACGUUCGCCCGAACACACGGACUGGGGCUGUGUGACCGUCUUACUUGCAGAUCCAGAUGUCAGUGGACUUGAGGUUUGUGACAAGGAUGGCCAAUGGACGCCCUUACAACCCGUGAAGCGAAAUUCCCUGGUGGUGAACCUUGGUGAACUCCUGCAGUGGUGGACUGGGGGACAGUGGCUGGCCACGCCCCAUCGGGUGCUAGCCAGGCCGGAAAAUGCUGGGGAGCGACUAUCUUGCCCGUACUUUGGCUUGGUCAACCGCGAGGUGAUUCUUCGGCCUCUCCUCAGCGACAAUGGAGCAGAAGGUGAGAGUUCCAUCACUGCUGGGGAGUUCUUUCAGAACCAUGAGAAAUACACCAGCAGGGCAUGUCGCCAUGCCGCCGAUUCGCGGACUGAAGUGCUGGAAAAAAGAUGA